UUGGACAUUUAUCCAUGAUAAGACGAAUGAUAAAAAAUAUAUUUAUUUUAGGGUGGUAGACUACCAUUAUACUGAAAUCAACCGAAAGCUGCAGAGGGAAAGAAAGAAGUUAAUUCCAUUUACGAUGGGCUCGCUUCAUUACAUCGAGUUGUCUAAAUGCCCCAUUCGGUUUGAUGCUGUUAGCCAACUGACUAAUGUGUUUUUUGAUGACUCCAAUAGACAGAUUUUUGCUGUACGUAGUGGAGGUGCAACUGGAGUAAUAGUUAAGGGGCCAACGGAGGAAACUGUGAUAUCGUUUUGCAUGAACGACCGCGGUACAAUUCGAUCCAUCAAAUUUUCGCCUGACAAUAAAGUACUCGCAGUACAACGAAAAGAAAACGCCGUUGAAUUCAUUUGCUUCCAUGGCGAACAACCUUUGCUUCAGGAAAUUAUUGUGCAUCAAAUUAAAGCUGUAGUCUAUGGUUUUGUUUGGGUGCAUUCGCGCGAAGUUGCGAUAAUUUCAAACAGCAGUAUCGAAAUAUUCACAGUAUUAGCAGAAAAACGACAAGUGCGGACUGUAAAAUCAUUAAAUAUCGGUAUAAAAUGGUUUGCAUGGUGCGCUGAAUCUAAUAUUGCUCUAAUUUGCUCAACAGAUAAUAAUGCGUUAGUACCAGUUUUGAUAAAACAGAAAUCUAUUACUAAACUACCAAAACUGGAGAUGAGCGAUACAAACCGUGAAGUUCAGGAGAGCAAAGUGACUCUGGGGCAAGUAUAUGGCACUAUGGCAAUUUUUCUGCUCCAAGUAAGCACCGCGGGUAUGAUGGAAGUAGAAGUGUACCUCCUUAAUGGACCAGGUUUGGCCCCACGUAAAUGUCAUGUGCUUAGGUUGGGGCAUGUCGGACGUUUCGCAAUUAAUACUGUCGAUAACUUAAUAGUAGUACAUCAUCAGUCAUCUGCGACAUCACUUCUGUUUGAUAUUUCUAUGCCUGGUGAAUUAGUGAACGGCGUUACCUAUCAUAUACCUAUUACCCCAGGGCGUUCCAUUCGGCCUUUUGCACUGAAACUGCCAAGUCUAUCACCAGACGGACAAAUAAUGCAAUGCGAAUUGUAUUCGGUCAAUUGGGUGCUUUUUCAGCCGAAUAUAGUAAUUGAUGCUAUGCUGGGUUGCAUGUGGUAUUUGAACCUAAAUGUUGAAUCACUUUGUACGCUUAUAUCAGAUCGUAUCCGGCUCACAGAGUUUCUACUGCAGCGCGCCAGUGGCAAACAAGUACUGUUGAAAAUGCUAUGUCAAAUGGUUGAUGAACAGUACAAAGGUACAUUAUUGACCGUGUUAGAAACUAUUUUCGAUAAGAUCAAUAGGGUUUAUGCUUCAUGGGUACAACUGGAGCUACAAACACAAACUGCUCAGCCGUCAAAUGUUAAAACUACUCCCAAACUGCCGCCUGCGCCAAAAGUUCUCAUUGAACAGCAAGAUAUGUACACGCACGUCUUCCAAUCUAUUUGCGAGCGUGAAAACACUGAAACUAUAUUGAUCCUUUAUUUACACUCGCUCAACAAACAUAACAUUGCUGCUCAAGAGGAUCUGAGUAAAAUGAUCAUAAGCGAACUUAUACGAAAUCGUAGCUUUGACACACUCAGACAUUUGGUUAGCUACUCCCUUUUAUUAGAGUCAAAACCAAUUGCAUGUUUUCUGCUUUCGCACUCCAAUGUCGAUGCUGCUAUUUCACAAAUCGCCCUUGAUAUGCUAAGCAAAAUCGGCGCACAUGAUAUUAUUAUCGAGGUGCUGUUAGGCCAGGACAAAGUAGUGGAUGCUUUACGUUUGGCACGCAACUCAAAAAUCAAUGAAACGAUUUCCGCUCGCAAAUUCCUUGAAGCUGCUCAAAAGGCGAAUGACGAUCUAAUAUUCCACAGCGUUUUUAAAUUCUUCCAGUUGAGAAACCUCCGCCAACGUGGUAGUAUGGACUUUUUAAAAACAGCGGAGCAAUGCGGCGAAUUCGUACAAUACUACAGUAAUUUAUAUCCCAAGGAGCUAAUAUCUUAAUGGUAAAAACUACCAUAUUCCGAACACAUGUUCUUAUUUUUUCUAAAUAAUUUUACAUAGCUACAUUUUGUUUAUAUUUUGAUUUAUUAAUUCAAAGAUAAAUUACAGAAUGGUGUUUAUUUUGUUUACUAACGUAUUCAGACUCAGUUAGUCUAGACCUAUGGGUCGAUUAUUGAUGGCAACGCAACCGCAGUUUAGUUGCAGAUGGGCAAUGCCACUGAAACGAAAAUGUAUAUUAUGAAUAGCAGCUAUAGUAAAGUUCUAUAAAGUUGAAGGUAAUAAAAUUUUGAAGAACCGGCAAAUAAGACUUCACAGUGUAAAUAAGCUGAAGAAACAGUUAAAAAAAGAAACAAAUUAUCUCAAUCAAAAUUUCUGCGGCAACCACAAAAAUGCGUUUGCAAAAUAUAGCAACUCAUUUGCCAGCUUUCAGUAGCCAGUUGCCAUCUGUAAUACCAUUUCAGCCACUGGCCACCAAACUAAAGUUCGGUUGCAAUCCGCAAUCGACCCAU